AGGAACCCUCCGCAGGCGGCGCCGCGCGGGCAGGAACCCGGGCGGGGAAUCGGGACGCGAGCCCCGGGCGCCUGGGGGCCGGUCCUCUCUCUGCUGCUGGGGCGCUGGGUGUGACACUUUGUAACUGCUUUUGUUAGAUGUGGGUGUUGGAAGCUGAGAGGGGGAUGUGGUUUGUUAAGGGAAACCGCCCUUCCUGGGGGUCUGGAAUCUGAAGCUGUGACUCGGUGCAAAGGCUUCUCCACGGCGGCUUUACAGGACCGAGGACAGAGUGCGUUAGACCUGCCCCCGUCUCAGCACAGAUCAUACGUGGGUAGCAGCGGGCCACAUUGGACCCACGGAUGAAGAUUAUGUGCCCUUAGCACCUGGAGGAUGAUGCCUGAUGGCGCUCCCCACUCUGCCCUCCUACUGGUGCAGUAGAAGGCUUCUGGAUCAGCAGGCAACUCGGCAGCGACAGAGAGAGCAAGAAGCCCGGCUUCGGCAGCAGUGGGACCAGAACAGCCAUUAUUUCCAGAGGUCUGACAUCUAUACCUCCAAACAGGCAGAAUGGAGCUCCAAAGCUUCCUACCUGCGGAGCAUGCAUGCCUACCAGCGAGAGAAGAUGAAGGAGGAGAAGAGGAGGAGUCUGGAAGCGCGUCGAGACAGACUCCGGCAGCUUAUGCUGGAGGAACAGGACCUGCUGGUCAGGGAACUGGAAGAGCUGAGGCUGAGCAUGAACUUGCGGGAACGAAGAAUCCGGGAGCGGCAUGGGAAUCUGAAAUCUGCCCAAGAAGAACAGAGGAAACUGAUUGCUGAACAACUUUUGUAUGAACACUGGAAAAAGAACAACCCGAAACUUCGAGAGAUUGAGUUGGACCUUCACAAGAAGCAUGUGAUAAACUCUUGGGAAACACAGAAAGAAGAAAAAAAACAGGAGGAAGCCACCAAAGAGCAAGAGAACAGACGCUAUGAAAAUGAAUACGAAAUAGCUCGGAGGGAAGCAAUGGAGCGGCUGAGAGCCGAGGAGGAGCGGAGGCACCUGGAGGAUAAGCUGCAGGCGGAGGCGCUGUGUCGGCAGAUGGAGGAGCUGAAGCUGAAGGAGAUGGAGGCAACCAAACUGAAGAAGGAGCAGGAGAAUCUUCUGAAGCAACGGUGGGAACUGGAGAGGCUGGAGGAAGAGAGGAGGCAGAUGGCAGCCUUCCGGCGGAAGGCAGAGUUGGGGCGUUUUUUGAGACAUCAGUACAAUGCACAGCUCAACCGACGCACCCAGCAGAUCAAACAGGAACUGGAGGCAGACAGGCGCAUCCUGCAGGCCCUCCUGGAGAAGGAGGACGAGGCCCAGCGCAUGCACCUGGCCAGGCGGGAGCAGGCCCUGGCUGACGUGGCCUGGAUGAAGCAGGUCAUCGAGCAGCAGCUGCAGCUCGAGAGGUCGCGGGAGGCAGAGCUGCAGAUGCUGUUGAGGGAGGAGGCCAAAGAGAUGUGGGAGAAGAGAGAAGCAGAGUGGGCCCGGGAGCAGAGCGCGCGGGACAGGCUGAUGACCGAGGUUCUGAUGGGGAGGCAACAACAGAUACAAGAAAAGAUUGAACAGAACCGACGGGCCCAAGAGGAAUCCCUCAGACACAGGGAGCAACUCAUUCAGAAUCUCGAGGAGGCAAGAGAGUCGGCCCGCCGAGAGAGAGAGGAGAGUGAAGAACUGAAGUCAGCUAGGAAGCAGGAGUUGGAGGCCCAGGUGGCAGAGCGCCAGCUGCGGGCAUGGGAAGAGGACCAGCAGGCGGAGGAGGAAGAGGCGGAGACCAGGCAGGCAGAGCAGCUCUCUGAUGCUCUGUUGCAGCAGGAGGCGAAGAUCAUGGCCAAGCAGGGCUACCGGCCCAAGGCCUACGGACAUCCCAGAAUUGCUUGGGACUAACUUUGCUGGUACUGUAGGCACAGAGAAGAAUGGUGCUGAGUUCUUUGACCCGCAGCUGCUAGACAGUUCUACAGUGUUUGGCUCUGCUCAGGGUUCAAGGCAACACCGGGAGCUGAGCUCUGCAUGCUCAGGUGUGUGGUCAAGGGCAACUUGAAGGGCUUGGCGUCCCCCGGCGUGGAUGUGCAGAACCCUGGUGUGACGCCCUCUCCCGCCUUUCUCAUCCAAGAGCCUCUCACAGCUCCCGUUCACGGUACUCUUGUAAAGUAUUCAUAAAUAACUUAAGGUUCUGGAUCAAUACUAAGAGGUACAAGUCGUAUUUCAUAACAGGAUAUGUGGUUUCUCGUCUCCCCCGUGUCAACUCCAGAGAAGACUAGCCAGGGCGUUGCACAUGCUAGGCAAGCACUCUGCCACGGGCCAAAUCCCCAACCCCAUACUUUAAAAUUGUCAUUUAAAUUUAACUGUUGUAUUGAAAACAAACUUACAGGUCUUGGUGUAGUUUAUUUCAAGGUUUAUGAAUUUAGUAGCCUGAAAGGAGCACAUCUUUUAUAUUUGGGAAGCAAAGAACUAGGAAUAAUUAGGACCUUCCAACAGUCUGACGGUCUCUGAAUGCUUCUGGAAAGGUGGUGAGAAAUGAGUCUUCCUCCUUCAGGAAGUGUUUUGUGAGAAUUUCUGCAGAGUGUGUAUGCAGGGCAGUAAUCACAGUGUGUGUUGCUGACCCUGCAAAAGAACCCCAAACGGUCCCCUGGCUGACUGGUCUUUUAAAGGCAGGGCCCUGACCUUCUAGUGUCUGGGGAAGGUCUCCGUUUCACGCAGCCACCUGGGACUUUUGUGCCCAGAGAAAGGGGCUGAACCUGAAGAAACCAGAUGGACUCAGACCACGGACCCGCCCCCCUCUUCUCCCACUGUUGUGUCAGUGUGACAUAGUCCCAGAUUUCUCUCUACAAUAGCUACAGUUCCUUGUAGUAAUGAUCAUAUUUUUAUGACUGGUAUUUUUUCCAUACUCUUCCUCUGAGAAGUCAUUUUCAUGACAUUGUAUUCAAGGUUCCAUGGCUCAGGAAAUGACAACUAAUUAUUGGCUAUUUUCCUAUGGUUAUUAAAAACCAGAGUUUAGUAAAAUAUUUCUGAGUCUCAGGGUCACAUUUCCUCUCCCUUCCAUCAUGUUGUGAAAACAAAUUGAGCUGCAGACUGCAUCCUGAACCCGAUGUUCGUCCUGUGUCUUGGGUUCUCCAGGAGUGGCCCCCGAGCCCCGCUCGUGUCGUGCUUGCUCAUUUUUAUCCCCCAGAUGUUCAUUAAUUGUGACAUAAAGCCCUGCUUGACAGCGCCACUCCAGGCUUUGUCCCUGUUGCUCUUAUUUAUCACUGCACAGUGCAUUGCUCGUGGUGGCUCUUUACAGAUUUAACCCACCUCUCCCACAGGUCUGGAUGUUUUCUGUGACUGAUCAUUUAUUGGUCAUAUUCAUUUUUCUUGUCACAGGACUGUGUUCUCCCUUUAAGUUUCCUUGGGAACUGCAGAAAGUUAUUAGCAAUCAUAUGCCGAGUUCCCAUAGAGACCUGAUCUGGACCGAAUUCCUGGUAAAUAGGUCUUCGGAUUUUUACUGAACAAAUCUUUUAUUAUUUUUGAAGCCUGGCGGUCAUCUUCCUCAUUAGCAUUACAAUUCUGUCACAUUGGCUCUUCCUAAUACAUUUAAAUAUUUCUUCACUAAACUGGACUAAAAUACCUAUUUUGUAAAUCUGGACGUUCCACCGUCUUCCUGUCCCUGUCAUCUCCUGCACCUCUUACUGCAUAUGGGUUAGGGUUGUGACUAUAGCUGUGCAUAAGCAGAUGCCACCCGGUGACAGGGACGCCUGUGAGGAAAGUGUCACGCAGUCUCAUCGCUGGCCAACAGUACUCAUCCAAACUAGUUGGCCACCCGCCGAGGCUCUGCUGCCUUGCCUCGGGUGUGCAGUUGCCGCUGACCCACACCUCAGUUAUGUGGUGCGUGACUGUAUAUUGGUUUUAAUGUUUUAAAGUCCCUUUUUUUCCUAAUUAAAAUUAAUGAUUUCUAGGGCUGAGAAUGUAGCUCAGUGGUCGAGCACUUACCUAGCAUUCUCAAGGCCUCGGCUUUGGUCCCCAGCACUGCAAGAUAAAUAAAUAAAUAGAGAAAGAAAUAAAGACUUCUAGGUUAUUCUUCAGAUUCUGCUAAAGGUCGAUUCCUUCUAUACAGGACGGUGCUGAAGCCACUAGUGACACGAAGCGAUUCUUGCAGCGCUCUAGAAAUGGCGGUCUUUCUCUCUGCUCUUCAUUCAGCACACAUCUCUCUAGGGAUGGUUGAGUGCUGGGUCUGGGCAAGGGACAAAGCUGAACAAGAACACUGACACUGGAAUGGGACACAGAUGAGCAGACACGACUGGCCGGCACAGAGCCAGUUGCAACUCCUGGGGUUGAGAAGGCCAUUUGUGCAAUAAGUACACCCGGCACCAGCAGAUUCUCAGUGGAUACAAUGAAUUUUUAUCACCUGGAUUUUUUAGGUAGUUGUCAGUGAAAUCGACCUUUAGCAGAAUCUGAAGAAUAACCUAAAAGUCUUUAUUCUUUAUCUAUCUGUUUAUUUAUUUAUACGGCAUUUUGGGAGUGAGGGUAUAGCUUAGUUGGUAGAGCACUUGCCUCACAUUGCACAAGGCCCUGGGUUCAAUCCCCAGCACCACCAAAAAAAAAAAAAAAAAAAGUAAGAAGGAAAAAUAUAUGGUAUGGCAUCUUU